AUGUUAUCAUUACUUAUAUUAGGGGUGUUUUCUGUUGUCAUCUCAAAAGAACUUAUAGAAGAGCACUUCAUAAAAACUGAGGCAGGUAAAUACUACAAAAUAAACAGUGUCAGUGACAAAGAAAAAUCAUACUAUGAAUCUGAAAAAGGCUGCAGCUUAAAAUGCUGUGAUGUCUGCUUGCAAUACUCUGAAGGCUCAGCAUUAGUUCAAUGCACUCAUCAAUGUGGUUGUGACUGCUUGGUAUCAGAAAUUAAAGAAACUCAGCUUUAUUCUGACUUAAAAAUUAAAGUGAAAUUGCCAAGAGGAGAAGACAGCCAUUGGAAAAUUAAAGUCAAAAAAGAAGACGAGCAUGGAAAUGAAAAGAAAUUAAAGUUCCAAGGGUAUGGAGACCAUAAUGAAACAUAUGAAGAGCAUCAUGCAUGGCUUGAUAUAAAAGAAGAUGACGAAUAUUUGGACUAUGACUGCUACCAUGAGGAUGAGCACCACAAUUAUCAUCAAGAAGGCGACCACCAUAAGCAUCAUCAAGAAGAUGCAGAACUUCAUCACGAGGGCAAGGAAUGCAAGUGUCAGAAGUGCGAAGAAAAAAGGGAUGAUGGCCACCAUAGAUAUAUUAAAGGGGAAAUUAACCUCCAUCACGAAGAAAAUGGCGAAUGUCAUCAUGAGCAUGAUCACGAGCAUGCUCUAGAAAUUGAUAAAUAUAAAAGCUAUGACCCAGAGACCAACUCUUCUGAUACUUAUAUAGAAUGGAAAACUCCCUCAGGAGAGCAUGAUGGCUACUAUGAAUCUGAAGCCAAACCUCGGGAAGGUGGCUGGGAUAAAGAUUUUGAAAUAAGGUUUCCUCGUCAUAAUGUCACGGUUAAUGGCUCACUCAGUAGAGAUGUGGAAGAUACCAAUUGCACGAAUGAAAGAGACAGCGAAUGGGAUAUGCAAAUUGUGAAGCACGAAGAAAAUUACACCCACAUUCUUAAUGUUAAUGGUAGUGACCAUAUUUAUAGAGAAAAAAGUAAGGAUGCAGGAAGCCUAGACACAGGCUUUAAAGUAGACUGGGAUUUUGUUCAUGCUGUUAAUAUAAAACCAAUAAAAAUGACGUCUUGUGAGAGCAGAUGUGAUGCGUUUUGUCAAGGAGUUGAAAAUAAAGAAAAAGAUUGUAAAGAAAUUUGCUACGAUAAAUUCUGCACAGAUACAGCUGAUGUGCAUAUAGAAGAAUCAAAAUUUGGGAGCGCUCUCUUAGUUCUUAUUUCUAUUAUUUUCUUAGGAAUCAUCUCGUCAGCACUUUAUAAUAAAUUCACUGCUGCAAGAAGAAAAGCCAAAAGAAUAACAACUCCUUAUGAAGAAAAUCUAGUAGGAUAUGUGAGGCUUUAA